AUGGCGAAUCGUAAGUUUCGCAUGGCUCAUUGAGGGAUUUGUGGAGGCAUUUUGUAUUGCCUAAUGAGUGGAUUCGGUCUCAAGAUUGUGGUCUUUCUGUUGGCCCAAGCGGUGUCCCUUGGCUUGGUGUGGAAUCAGCUGGAACUGGAAGAAACGGAGGCGCUGCUUAUUGAAAAUUUGAAGCACCAUGUGUUGCAGCUAAGGCAGAGGCAUCAAUUGAUCAGAAAAUCACUUGUUCAAUUGCGUGCGGAAAGCGUCAGCGUUCAUCAAGACUUUGAGGUGCACUUGUCGGUUCCACACCGGGCAUUGGCGCUAAUACGACGUCUUCAUGACGACUGGCCCAAGUGGAUGGUGUAUCUCAAUGCCACAAAAGCAGGAGCAGGCCAAAUCAGAGUUGCCAAAGAACUGCGUCAAAGAUUACCCAAAAGAGAAGAUCUCAUAAAAGCAGCUGGGGAUGUUCAUGGACUGCAAAUAAUUCACAAUCUUGUGCCACAAGAUCCAUAUUUCCGCCCAUUAAAUUCAAGGGACUGUCUGACCCUGGGAAAAUAUCUGGCACAUCUGAAAAAUCACCAAUAUGCAGAGGACUGGCUGAAGCUAUCCCUGAAGCUGUACAGAGCUUCUGGUGAAUCGAAUAAGUACAGAUCUAUUUACAAGGACUCGCAACACGGGAAUCUACUGUAUCAUUUAGGAGCCGCCAAGUACGCUCAAAACCCUUCGGAUGGCGAUGCCGUCAAGUUGAUGGCCAAGGCAUAUGAGCUGACACCUCACGAUGAACCCAUUUUAGCUCACGCAGAGUCUGUGCUGGAACAACGGUCCUAUUUCGAUGGUUGCCGUGGUGCAUUCCCGAUAAAGUCCCACCAUCCUAGUAUCCACUGUCGGUACCAAAACGAGCAGUCUGCCUUCUCUAGGCUGGCAACACUGAAACUGGAAAUAUUAAGCCACGAUCCCUAUGUGGUGAUAUAUCAUGAUGUUCUAUACGACUCGGAAAUGCAGGGUCUGAUCGAUUCGACACACCGCAGAAUGAGCCGAUCCAUGGUGCAGUACGAAGCCCGUCAGAUUGAAAUAUCAGAGCAGCGCACCUCAAAUGAAGCUCCCUUCACUGAGAAGAAUGAUCCACAGCUGUUGAAGCGUAUCAGCGAUCGGAUCAAAGAUAUGACCGGCUCUGAUAUGAUGAGGUCUGAGCUCCUUAGUGUGGUACUCUACGAUCUGGGCGGGCAUCAUGAUCUCCAUGUGGAUUAUCAUGAUUUGUAUUGGAAUCCGCUAGAGUACAUGGAUCAGACUUUUGGAGAUCGAGAAGCAUCUGUCAUAUUCUAUCUUAACGAUGUGGCAGAUGGAGGCGCAACAGUUUUCCCCAAACUACAAUUGGUAAUGCAGCCAAAGAAAGGAUCUGCCUUGAUGUGGCAUAAUUUAAGAGCAUGGGGCGAAGGCGAUCCUCGUACGCAACAUGCCGCUUGUCCAAUUCUGCAGGGAUACAAAUGGGUGGCCGUUCAGUGGAUACUGCAGGGAGCUCGCAACACAAUAUCCCCCAAAGAUGCUCUGGGGUCACGCUCCGCUGCAGUCGACCGUGAAAAACUGUUUUGAGACACCAUAAAUGUUCCAUAUAAUGAAUUAAAUACUAUUUCUCCCUCAAA